AUGACAGCCAUCCUGGAGCGGAUCAGCACGCUGUCCCUCAGCGGGCAGCAUCUCAGCCGUCUCCCCAGGCUGCUGGAGGAUGGCUUCCCCAAGAUGCCUUGCACGGUCAAAGAGUGCGAGGUGCCGCAGCUCUUCCGUGAGCCGUACAUCCACACCGGGUACCGUCCCACCGGCCAGGACUGGCGCUACUACUUCCUUAGCCUCUUCCAGAAGCACAACGAGGUGGUCAAUGUAUGGACUCAUCUUCUGGCAGCGCUGGCUGUGCUGCUGAGAUUCAAGACGUUUGUGGAGGCUGAGCAGUUACCCGUGGACGCGUGGUCCUUGCCUUUGCUCAUCUUUGUCCUCUCCUCUGUCACCUACCUGACCUGCAGCCUCUUGGCCCACCUACUGCAGUCCAAAUCGGAGCUGUACCACUACACCUUCUACUUCGUGGACUACGUUGGAGUCAGCAUCUACCAGUAUGGUAGUGCCCUGGCUCAUUUCUACUACAGCUCUGACCAAGCCUGGUACGACAAGUUCUGGCUUUUCUUCCUGCCAGCAGCUGCUUUCUGCGGCUGGCUGUCUUGUGCCGGCUGCUGCUACGCAAAAUAUCGGUACCGACGGCCUUACCCCAUCAUGAGGAAGAUGUGCCAGGUGAUCCCAGCCGGGCUGGCAUUCAUCUUGGAUAUCAGUCCUGUCGCUCACCGGGUGGUUGUGUGUCACCUGGGGGGCUGUGAGGAAGAUGCUGCUUGGUACCACACGUACCAGAUACUGUUUUUCCUUAUCAGUGCCUAUUUCUUCUCCUGCCCGGUCCCUGAGAAAUACUUCCCUGGCUCCUGUGAUAUCAUCGGCCAUGGCCACCAGAUCUUCCACACCUUCCUGGCCAUCUGCACCCUAUCGCAGCUGGAGGCCAUUUUAUUGGAUUACAAGAACAGGCAGGAGAUUUUCCUGAAGAGACACGGGCCUCUCUCCAUCUAUCUUUCCUGCAUCUCUUUUUUUGGCCUGGUAGCUUGUAGUGCCAUCACAGCUUACGUCCUGCGAUGCAGGAUCAAGGCCAGCCUGGCUAAAAAGGACUCCUGAGAGUCACGAACGUGAUGGGCAUGACAUCACCAGGAUGGUGAAAAAUCAAGAAAAGGGGCAUAACAUAUUAGAGACAUAACUGG